CCCUCCUCCUUCUUCUCCCCCUUUCCGUUUCCCGCGGAAGCCCCUCCCUGUUAGCCGUUAGCCGUAUAGCCGGACGAGAGGAGGGGAAGCCGGGCAAACGGAGGAGAAAAACACGGGAAAGAGAAAGAAAUGAGCCGGCCGGAGGACGGCAGAGGACCGCGGUGACCGGACAGCGAGUCUGCCGCCGAAAACAGCCGCUUCACGGCGUGUACUGCGGCUGAAAACUGCCGAGGAGAAGUCGAAAAACACCGAACCUCUCCCGACUCUCCCACUCCUCCUCCUCCGUCAUCUUGUCUUUAUUUACCGGGAAAACGGGAGAAAAACAUGGACACGGAGAGAGAAAGUUUGUUCCUGUCACUCUGACCAUGCAAUCUUUCCUCGCUCGCCCCCGUCGUUAGACAGAAAGAGAGAGAGUGUGUGUGUGUGUGUGUGUGUGUGUGUGUUUGCUAGCGUGUGUGUGUGUGAUCCAGGAUGGGCUUCGGUCGGGAUCUGAGGAAUUCCCACGAGGGUUUACUGAAGCUGCAAGACUGGGAGUUAAAGCUGCUGGAGACGGUGAAGCGCUUCAUGACUCUGCGGGUGAAGAGUGAUAAGGAGUACGCUGCUCUGCUGCUCAGCAUGACCCAGCAGACAGAGAAACAGGAAGCAGCCGACUACGUCAGCACAGUUAGCAAGUCCUGGUCUCAGGUGGUCCGUCAGACGGAGGUUUUGGGUCGGGUCAUGAGGACUCACGCUGAUGAUCUGAACUCCGGUCCUCUUCAUCGUCUGGCCACACUGAUCCGAGACAAGCAGCAGGUGAAGAAGAGCUACCAGAGUCUUCAUCAGCAGCUGGAGAGCCACAACCACAAGGUAACCAGGAGUGAACUGGAGAAGCUGAAGUCGACGUAUCGCCAGCUGAGCCGCGACGCAAACAACGCCAAAGAGAAAUACAGAGAAGCUCUGGCCAAAGGCCGGGAGGCGGAGCGUGCUCAUGAACGUUAUGACAAAGCGACAGCGAAGCUCCACAACCUUCACAACCAGUAUGUGUUGGCAGUGUGUGGCGCUCGAACGCAGCAGGACGAACACCGACGCCGCGCUGCGCCCGCUCUGCUCGAUGCCCUGCAAAGGAUGCAGGAGGACAUGACUCUUGCCCUGAAGAGUAUUCUGGAGGAGUACUGUGAGAUCAGCAGUCUGCUGACGGAGGAGAUCGUGAAGGUUCAUCAGGAGAUUUCGGCGGCGGUUAAGCAGAUCGACCCGCUGGCGGAGUAUCAGCACUUCAUCGACGCCUACCGGUCUCCGGAGACUCCGGAGGAGAGCGUGGAGUUCGACACGUCUCUGCUGGAGGAGACGGACAACCUACCGGCCAAUGAGAUCCUGUGGAACACGCUGACGGCCGACAGCCUGCAGGCCACGUUGUCAUCGGCAACGGAGGAACUGACGCUGACUCAGCAGAAUCUGCGGACGAAGGAGGCGCUGGCUGAUGACCUCGACACUAAAAUCCAGACGAGUCAGCAGAACACGGAGAGGAAGAGCGACUGUGUCCUGCUGCUUAGUCAGAAACUGUCUCUUCUCGAGCUCCGUCAUGCCGUCCAAUCACUGCGCGGCUCUGAGGCCUGCCUCUCCUCCAAGAAGGCGUUGCUGGACGCCAAGAUGGCCGCCGCCUCCGCCUCGCCGCCCCCGCCGCCGCCUCCCCCGGCGCUGCCGUACGAGGACGACGCUCGCUCCGUUGGAUCCACCGACAAAACGAAGGAGAAGAGCUCGCGCUUCGACACGCUGCGUCACUCUCUGGCCGGGAUGAUUCGCUCUCCUAAAGCCAUGCUGGGCUCCUCCACCUCGCAGUUCUUUGAUGUGAUCCCGACGUCGGAGCGUCCCCUGGCGGACCAGGAGUGGUACCACGGCGCCAUCCCCCGCACCGAGGCUCAGGAGUUACUACGGCAACAGGGAGACUUCCUGGUGAGAGAGAGCCACGGCAAACCGGGCGAGUACGUCCUGUCGGUGUUUUCUGACGAGCAGAGACGACACUUCAUCAUCCAAUACGCCGACAGUCAGUACCGCUUCGAAGGGACCGGCUUCUCCACCAUCCCUCAGCUCAUCGAGCAUCACUUCUCCACCAAACAGGUCAUCACCAAGAAGUCUGGAGUCGUGCUGCUCAACCCGGUCGUCAAGGAUAAAAAAUGGAUCCUGAACCACGAGGAUGUGACGCUGGGAGAGCUACUGGGAAAGGGUAACUUCGGUGAGGUGUUUAAAGGGACCCUGCAGCGCGACAAAACGCCGGUCGCCGUCAAAACGUGUAAAGAAGAUUUACCUCCAGAGCUGAAGAUCAGGUUCCUGUCUGAGGCCAGGAUCCUGAAGCAGUACGACCACCCGAACAUCGUGAAACUGAUCGGCGUCUGCACGCAAAGGCAGCCGAUCUACAUCGUCAUGGAGCUGGUUCCCGGAGGUGACUUCCUGUCCUUCCUGAGGAAGAAGAAGGACGAGUUGAAGACCAAGCAGCUGCUUCGCUUCUCUGUCGAUGCUGCAGCCGGCAUGGCGUACCUGGAGAGCAAGAACUGCAUCCACAGGGACCUGGCAGCGAGGAACUGUCUGGUGGGAGAGGGCAGCGUGUUGAAGAUCAGCGACUUCGGGAUGAGUCGACAGGAAGACGACGGAGUUUAUUCUUCAUCUGGACUCAAACAGAUUCCCAUCAAAUGGACGGCUCCAGAGGCUCUUAACUAUGGUCGUUACAGCUCAGAGAGUGAUGUGUGGAGUUACGGGAUCUUACUGUGGGAAACCUUCAGCCUGGGGGUGUGUCCUUACCCUGGGAUGACCAAUCAGCAGGCCCGAGAGCAGGUGGAGAAAGGUUACAGGAUGGCGUGUCCUCAGCGUUGCCCCGACGACGUGUACAAAGUGAUGCAGCGCUGCUGGCAGUACAACCCCGAAGAACGACCCAAGUUCUCCGAGCUGCAGCGCGACCUUGCCGCCAUCAAGAAGAAGUGAUGACAUCAUCAGACACCUCGCCG